GUAAUUUAACACAUAUCCAAGAAAAAUGGUAAUUGAACAAGAACAGAACAAAUCGACGCUUCACCUCCAAAACGCCAAUCUAUCAUCAACCAUCGAUUUCAUCAGAGAAGAAGAAGCUGAAGAAGAAGAAGAAGAACGAGCCCAGAUUCUUCACCGGUGGAAGAGGAUGUCAUGUUGUUCGUCCUUAUCAGCGGCUCCUACAUCCAUGUCUUUGAUUACCAACCGCAAAUUCACGAGUUCUGUCAAUAAACCCGUGAUUGUUUCCAUGUAUUCUCGCUUCAGAGCUUCUGCAGAAGUUCCCGAUUUUCUUCCUGCUGAUUGGCACGAUGCACACAAGAAGGAUCCUAUAGGUCCAAGACUACAUUUCACUGCAGAAGAAGCUAUUCAACACCAGCUAGAUGCACUGAGAUACAAUGAUCGACCCCAUCAAGAUUAUGGAAUUGAGGUCAUGUACCAGUUUGCGGGAUUCGAUCCUCUUCGAAGGUCGACAUAUUUCGGUCCCUUCUUUGAUUUGGGACAGUUUGAAAGAUUUAGACGAGUAUUCCACCAUUCAACUUAUCGUGUAUUGUUAGGCCAUAAAGAGAGAAAGAUCUUGAGCAGUUUAUUUGUAGAGGAGAACCUAUUCAAGCAGCGGGUAUGGAUACGAGGUUGUCGCCCCAAGGAAGAAGAAAUAUUUCAAUUCACCAUGGUUCAGAGGGUUGGCGGCUCGUGGGAUGGGUAUUGGCUUACGGAAAGUUUACUAAACGAUGGGGAUGCAUUUAGUGGAGGCUUAGCUUACUAAGGAAAGGGACGUCGUGCUACAAUUGGGUGGCUGGUUAGCAACCUUAGUACGUUAUCCUUCCUUUUGUAAAUCUGAAAUGUAUAUCAUACGUCUUUGUUAAUGUGAACCCUUGUAAGAUUCUAUUUAGAAUUUGUAUAUAUCAUUUACAUGGUUUCAUUUUAUUAUUCAAUAAUCUUCUUUAUCGCU